UCCAAGAUGGCGGCCGGUGGGAGCGCGGGGUCAGCGGUUCCGGUUCACGGUCGGAGCAAGAUGGCGCCGAGCAGCCGCUGAGGAUCCGCCAUGUCUGCCCUGGGCUGCUAUGACCGACACUGCGACUCCAUCAACUCGGACUUCGGGGACUCGGUGCGGAGCUGCGGGCCGGAGCAGGAGGAGCUGCACUACAUCCCCAUCCGGGUCCUGGGACACGGGGCCUACGGGGAGGCCACCCUCUACCGCCGGACCGAGGAUGACUCUCUGGUGGUUUGGAAGGAAGUUGGGCUGGCCCGACUUUCGGAGAAGGAACGCCGAGAUGCCCUUAACGAAAUUGUGAUCCUGUCCCUCCUGCAGCAUGAUAACAUCAUUGCCUUCUAUAACCACUUCUUGGACAGCAGCACUCUGCUUAUUGAGCUGGAAUACUGUAAUGGAGGGAAUCUGUUUGACAAGAUUGUUCGGCAGAAAGAUCAGCUUUUUCAGGAAGAGAUGGUUCUUUGGUACCUCUUUCAAAUAGUCUCUGCUGUGAGCUGCAUCCACAAAGCCGGAAUCCUGCAUAGAGACAUUAAGACGCUCAAUAUCUUCCUGACCAAGGCAAAUCUGAUUAAACUGGGGGAUUACGGUUUGGCCAAACAGCUCAGUUCAGAGUAUUCCAUGGCGGAGACGUGUGUAGGUACCUUGUACUACAUGUCCCCAGAGAUCUGCCAAGGGGUGAAGUAUAGCUACAAAUCUGACAUCUGGGCAGUGGGAUGUGUCCUGUAUGAGCUGCUUACGCUGACUCGGACAUUUGAUGCUACGAACCCCCUGAAUCUCUGUGUGAAGAUUGUGCAAGGGAAUUGGGCUGUGGAAAUUGACAGCAGCUUUUACUCCAAAGAGUUGAUUGAUGUGGUGCGGGAGUGCCUACAGCAGGGUCCAGAGAAAAGGCCAACAGCAGAUGAGAUUCUGGAAAUGCCUUUGCUAAGCUGUCAACGGAGAGAUAUGGAGGAGAAAGUUUCACUUCUGAACAAGUCAAGCAAAAGGUCCAGACCAGGCACGGUUACAGACGCUCCCAUUGCUGUGGUUACCUCUAGAAGUAGUGAGGUGUACGUAUGGGGUGGGGGGAAGUCUACACCUCAGAAGCUCGAUGUGUUUAAAGGAGGGUGUCGGGCACGGCAAGUUCGAGCUGGAGAUGCUCACUUUGCAGUUGUGACGGUGGAGAAGGAGUUGUACACAUGGGUUAACAUGCAGGGUGGCACCAAGUUACACGGACAGCUGGGACAUGGAGAUCGUGCUUCAUACAGACAGCCCAAACACGUGGAGAAACUGCAAGGAAAACCUGUGCAGCAAGUUAGCUGUGGCUCUGAUUUCACUGUGUGUAUUACAGAUGAAGGGCAGUUGUUCUCCUUCGGCUCGGACUAUUAUGGCUGCCUUGGAGUAAAUCAAACUGCAGGAGCCGAGGUUUUAGAGCCAAUUUGGGUAGAUUUCUUUCUAAAUGAGCCUGUAGAGCAAGUUUCAUGUGGCGACAAUCACGUCAUGGCACUGACGCGGAGCAAGAGUGUGUACUCAUGGGGAUGUGGAGAGUAUGGAAGGUUAGGUCUGGACUCAGAAGAUGAUGUCUACUCUCCUCAGAAGGUGGAGGUCCCACGUGGUCUCUGUAUAGUGAAUAUUUCCUGUGGCUCUGAUGGCAGUUUUCUGUUGACCCAGUCUGGUAAAGUUCUUGCUUGUGGUUCAAAUGAACACAACAAGCUGGGUCUAAACCAGUGCACGGCAGGAAUCAUUAAUCAUGAGGCAUUCCUCGAAGUCCCAUACACAACUUCCUUGACUCUUGCCAAGCCGCUGACUUUCUAUAAGGUGCGCAGCAUUUCUCCAGGGAGGACACAUACCGCUGCCAUUGAUGAACGUGGCCGACUCUUGACCUUUGGCUCAAAUAAGUGUGGUCAGCUUGGGGUAGGAGAUUACCGGAAACAUUUAGGGAUCAACCUGCUUGGUGGACCCCUUGGUGGGAAACAGGUCAUUAGAGUGUCUUGUGGGGACGAGUUUACCAUUGCUGCCACAGAUGACAAUCAUAUUUUUGCGUGGGGAAAUGGAGGAAAUGGACGCCUUGCAAUGACUCCAAAUGAGCGGCCUCAAGGAUCUGACAUCUGCACCUCUUGGCCACGUCCAAUAUUUGGGUCUCUGCAUCAUGUGCCUGACCUGUCCUGCCGUGGUUGGCACACAAUUUUGAUUGUGGAGAAAGUGUUGAACUCCAAAACCAUUCGUUCAAACAGCAGUGGACUAUCCAUUGGCACUCUUGCUCAGAGUUGCUCGUCAUCUGGUUCUGGGAGAGGAGAGGAGGAUAGUGAGCGCGAAUCCCUGACCUCUGACCCCAGUGAAGGGUUUCGGGGCACCAUAGAGGCAGAGCCAGAAACUCGUCCAUUCAGUAUGACAGAAAAUAUGGAGAGCAGCUCUUGUCCCAGCUGGCUCCGACAGGAGCUCGAGGAAGCAGAGUUUAUCCCGAUGCCAGAGGCACCAUCAUCUUUUGGUUUGGAGCCCACCCAAGAGGUGUCUUUGUCCUCCUUGGAGGAACAGAGUGAGAAUUCAGAACUAAAACUGCAGGAAGAGAGUAAAAGCCCUAUGUUAAAGCUAGAGGACGUGAGUGAGAAACCUGAAUUACAGCUUCUAGAAAGAAAUGAAAGCUCUUGGAAACCUCUACAGGAGCCCAGUAACCAUUCUUGUACAUGCAGCUCCUUGCAAGCAGAAGUGGAAAGGCUGCAGAACGUGGUGUCCUCCUGUAUGAGCGCACAGGAAGAGCUCCGCAGGGAGAACGCACGGCUGGCAAUGGAGGUGCAGAAACUUAAUGACAAGCUACAGGGAGUCACACAGCAAAGUCAGAUCCUGAGCAAACACAGUGAAGCAAUUCAGCAGCUCCAGAGACAGGUAACAUGUCUAAAAGGAACACAACCCAUGGCCAACAAUGCGGACACCUCCCGGGAAGAUUCAGAUGCAGACUCCUGGUGCUUCUUGGGUACCGAGGCCCCCCGAUCUGCCUCGGGGACAACAAUGUGAUGGACACAGUGACAUCCCUGAGCUGGAGAAGAUGGUGCACCAGUAGUUCCUCUCUUACUGUGCUGGACCUUAAUAGUUAUUGGCCUCUGUGCACCUGUUAAUAGCUGAUGGGGAAGUGGACAGUCAUUUUGGGGUGGGGGAGGUAAGCUGGGUUAUAUUUACCCGGACACUCGUAGUGCGGCUCCUCCUUUUUUAUUUUAAAUCUUAUUUUGUGUUCCCUUUCACUCACCAUGUGGCCUUACUCUCACUGCCAAUGUUUGGACUGUAUUGCUGCACUGUAUGGGAUCAGCCAAAGCACUCGCCCCCACCCACUAAGAACAGUGUGCUUUAUCCAAUCACCUGCAGUGUAUACUUGGAUUUAUUACAGUACAAAAAAUAAAAUAAAACACAGUACAUUUAAUGUGCAAA